CUCCAAAAUGGCGCGACUGCCGAGUGUAAACACCCAGUUUUGAUGUUAAGUAAAGUGCAUUAGCCGCGAGGUGUUCGCGUGAAAGUUUGACUGGCUGUUACAUCCGUUUUGUGUGUUCACGGUGUGACGAACAAAUUUUACCUGAAUGUUCACUGUAUCCACGAUCGCCCAUUCCAUACCAGGGAGUGACCCGAGCAAGAUGACGCAGAAGCGUACUGGAAUAUCACACGUUGUAUCCGACGAGGAUGAUCCCAACGGGUGUAAAUAUAGAAGGCUGGAGAACGAGAAUGUACAGGACAAAGAGAGAUUUGCGAGCAGGGAGAAUCAUUGCGAAAUUGAGCGGCGGCGGCGGAACAAGAUGACCGCCUAUAUCACCGAAUUGUCCGACAUGGUGCCGACAUGUUCAGCCCUGGCAAGGAAACCGGACAAAUUGACCAUACUCAGGAUGGCGGUCGCCCAUAUGAGGAACCUCAGAGGAACAGGAAACACCAGCUCGGACGGUGCAUACAAGCCCUCGUUCCUCACCGAUCAAGAGCUGAAGCAUUUGAUCCUGGAAGCGGCUGAUGGUUUCCUGUUCGUCGUCAGCUGCAAUACCGGAAGAAUCAUCUACGUGUCCGAUUCUGUGGCGCCUGUUUUGAACUUCACGCAGAACGACUGGUACGGAACCAGCCUCUACUCACAGGUCCAUCCGGAUGACACUGAGAAAGUGAGAGAACAAUUGAGUGGUGCUGAACCAGAGAACGGUGGCAGGGUGCUGGAUCUGAAAACGGGGACCGUGAAGAAAGAGGGACAGUCAUCGAUGAGAUUAUGCAUGGGCUCUAGAAGAGGCUUCAUUUGUCGCAUGAAGGUGGGUAAUCUUCAGACAUCCGGCGACAUGGCUGCCGCUCAUGGUCUCCACCACGUGAAACAGAGGAACUCACUCGGUCCUCCAGGUCGCGACGGCCAGAAUUACGCUGUGGUUCAUUGUACAGGAUACAUCAAGAGCUGGCCCCCAAACGGUGAUUUUGUUCCCCCGUGUGUACCAGGUGUGGGUAUAGCUGACAGGGAGGCAGCUGGUGUUGAAGUAGGACCUGAUGGAGUGGUCUCAGAUGGAAAUGUCAGCACUCAUUGCUGCCUGGUUGCCAUUGGGCGAUUACAGGUCACUAGCACACCAAAUAGUAGCGAUUUAGCAGGUUCCAAUAGCAAUAAUGAAUUUAUUUCACGUCAUUCUGCAGAAGGUAAAUUUACCUUUGUGGACCAAAGAGUCGGUGGAAUUCUAGGGUACACACCUUCAGAGCUCUUAGGUCACCCGUGCUACGAAUUCUUUCACCCGGAAGAUUUGACGCAUAUGAGAGAAAGUUUCGAGCAAGUGCUGAAGCUUAAAGGACAAGCGCUCUCUGUGAUGUACAGAUUUCGAGCCAAAAAUCGCGACUGGGUGUGGUUAAGGACGUCCGCAUUUGCAUUUUUAAACCCGUACAAUAACGACGUUGAAUACAUCGUCUGCACAAACACACACGCCAAGUCAUUCCCUCCUGGCAGCGAUAGUCAGACGGAAAGCGAAGCUGUACCUGCUUACGGACAACCUGGCUUAGAUUAUUCCCUUCAGAGACACCCUACCAGGGAUCCUCUGUACUCUGGACAUCAUAUGAUGCAGCACCCGGCGACUGUCGCUGCAGCUGGUCCCCAACAACCUAGGCCGUCCAGUACACAAAAUGUUUACCAAGGAUAUGAAACGACGCAAUCUCCCAUAGCUUAUGGUUCACCUGGACAGCAAAGCGCGUCUUCUUCUGUCUUAAGUAGAAUUCAAAAACCAGCAAACACAUCACCAACCCCAGUACAACAAGCGUGGGCUAUUGGAAGACAGCAACCUGUAACAGAAGGAUACCAAUAUAAUCAAUUGAGUCCUUCGAGGUCACCAAAUGGACCCACUUAUACUCAAUUAAGUAGCGGCGCUAGGACGCCAGCUACGCAAUACCAUGCGGUCACAACAGUACCUAAUAACCCCGGAAUGUGGGGAUGGCAGAGUCAGCAGCAUCAAGCACCCCAGCAAGAUGGAGGACAAUCAAACCCCCAGGUAGCCGGACAAGCACAGCCGCCUCAUCCCACUCAAGGUGGUCCUGGCACGCAACCUCAGGAGUUGUCAGACAUGUUACAGAUGUUGCAAGAUCAGGGCGGAGCGUCCGGUUUCGAGGAGUUAAAUAUGUUCAACACUAAUUUCGAGUAG